UAGGUGUUGCUCCAGUGCCGAACCGAGUACAGGGGGGGUUAUGGGGAAGAGGGUCUACAGCCUUACUCAGCGCAGAGGCCUCGGGCAUAUCGUCCGAAUUACCAGGAAGAGUAAACUUCAAAUGGCAACCAACCACUCCUACACAGUGUCAGAUGAUACAGCAGACGAAGCUGUUCGGUCCACGUGUGAGGAUGCAACUAUUUGUAAAAGAUUUGCAGUGAGUAUGAACUACUGGAAGGAUCCUUAUAUACAGUACUUCACAAAGCAACCAAAUGAAAGGAAAGCACCUGAAAUAAACAGAGGAUAUUAUGCCCGUGUAAAGGCAGUGAAUUUAUUGCUGGAUGCUUUUAUAAAGAAAACCAACUGUAAUUGUCAAGUUAUAAAUCUUGGCGCUGGUUUGGACACAACAUUUUGGAGGCUGAAGGAUCAAAAUAUGCUUCCAAAAAAAUACUUUGAAGUUGACUUUCCAAUGAUUGCCAUGAGAAAAUUGCACUUGAUAAAAACAAAGCCUCCAUUGUCAAAGCCUAUUAUAGAAACACAUUCAAGUAGUAGUCUGCUGAUAGAUGGCUCCAACAUGGAUUCUAAUCGCUAUGCCAUUAUUGGGCAAGAUCUCCGUGACCUCCCCGUGCUGCUGGAAAGAUUGAGGAGAUUUGGUCUGGAUGCAAAGUUACCAACAUUGCUAAUGGCGGAAUGUGUCCUUGUUUACAUGACCCCUGAGCAAUCUGCAGAAUUGAUAAAGUGGGCUUCCAGUACUUUCAGUACCACCAUGUUUAUCAAUUACGAGCAGGUGAAUAUGAGCGAUCGCUUUGGCCAAGUGAUGAUCGAAAACUUACAUCGACGACAGUGUAACCUUGCUGGCGUAGAAAUCUGUCAAACUCUGGAGACGCAGAAGGAUCGCUUUCUUGUAAAUGGCUGGGACAAUGUGAAUGUCUUGGACAUGGUGAAUGUUUAUAACAGCUUGCCACAAGCAGAUGUUCAGAGGAUAGAGCAACUGGAAUUCUUGGAUGAGAAAGAGCUUUUGCAGCAGCUUCUGCAACAUUAUUGUAUCUGCUGGGCCACAAAAGAUAGUGAAGAUUUUGGUAAUUAUUUAUUUCAUAAUAUCCACCCUAUACAGGUCAGUUAGCAAAUAAAUCUUGUA